CCUGUAUUAUUUCAAAAUACGCUCGCACGCUUGAUGGAGUUGCCUAAAAUAACAUUUUCAUUGAUGGAUAGUGUUUAAAUUGCUUAACAUUUAUUGCAUUUCUAACAUUUAUUUCAGUUCAUACUCGCUUAAGAGUGUAAUUUAAGAUAAGGAGUUUGCUUUUGAAUGAAAUAAAAUUAGAAUCUUGUUUAAAUAAAAGCAAGGACGUUUGUUUUUUUUAAUAAAAAAUUUGUUGUUGAACCAUUCAGGAGAUAAUAGUAGUAUGGGAUUAAAAGUAGCGACUGCAACUCAAGUAAACAGACAGCAGAGCGUGUGUGUUCCUCGAACGUCAUGCUCAAAGCUUGGGCGUUAUUUUUCCUUGUUGACGGUUGUGGUUUUGAUGAUAUCUAUCACUGUUGGAUCUAGUAAUACAACUGAAAACAGAUCUACAAACAUCGUAUUUCUACAUCUACUCAGUUUUGCUGCACAUUUUGGAGUACAAUGCUGGGUAACAUUUGUGGCAGGUUUCGCGAUGUUUUUCAGUGUGCCUAGAAUCAUGUUCGGGCACUUACAAAGUAGAAUGUUCCCGCUUUACUUUACAUUAACAUUGGUUUUGUCGUGUGUUACGUUGUUAACAUAUGUUGUACAGCAUCCCUAUCCGACAAUGACGCCAUCAGAAGCAAAGCAGCUAAUGGGAAUGUGCAUAUGUGUAAUAUCAACAUUCGUCAACAGUUUCUACCUGGCACCGGAAAUCGUCAACGCAAUGAUUAGCAUCUUUGAGAUAGAAAAAUCAUCCGGAGUAGCAUAUGUCAUAGGAUACUGUGACAGAACUGAACUGAAGAAAGAUCCAAAGUACUGUGAACAUUAUAAACGAUUCAGAUCGGUUCACAGUAUAUCAGGGGUUGCUAAUGUUGUCACUCUAAUUUGUAACAUAAUGUAUUUAUACCACCUGGCUAGUAUUAGCGUUAGUCUACACUUGAAUCAUUUGAAUAAUGCCUAUCGCAUAUGAAUUUGCAUUCAUCGUUGAGAAAUCAGUAUUAGAUUUACAUAGAAAUAUUUAUUUUAACCUAUUUACAGGAGAAUAUAUUUGUUGUGUGAUUUUUAUCUCAUGUAUACGUCUGGUCAGUAGUUUGUAUUAUAUUUCUUCUGAAUGAUAGUUCAGACAUCAUGUAUUUGGAAUAUAUCACAUGUACUAUCUAAAAGAAAUUACCAUCAACUUGAUAUUGAACAAUAUAUUAUCAGUUUACUGAGAAUCGUAUAUAUCUUUUUGUUAGAUUCUUUCUUGAAACAUACUCUUUUUUUCAUGAUCAAUAGCAUAUUACAACAUUUAUGUUUCAUUUCAUAUACAUAUAUGCUUUUAACAUUGUCGAUUUCUGAGAGUUAUAAAAUAUUCUGUCCAUUAAACAGGUCCCAGAAAAGUCAUAGCUAAAUCUGGCUAUAUAUAGCUAGAAAUGGCUUUAAAACCAAUAACAAUUGUACAAUAUAUGGCAAUGUCAAAACGAAAACAGUCAUUAUCCCAUCCUAAUUGUUUAUAAGACAAAAGACAAUCGCAAAGAACUGAAAUCUAUGCAGUCUAAAUUUCAAUACAUGUUACGAAUUUUAUAAAUCAUUACUAAAUUAGUCAUAAGUAACAGUGAUUCAUUUGAAUUUGACAUAUUUUGCAUCAUUGUUAUUUGUUUUAUAGCUAAUUCUAGCUAUAUAUAGCUAGAUUAAGCUAAAUAGCUAAUCUGUAUCUGUAGGGUAGACGACGCAGGACCACUUCUGGUAUAAGGCGUCGGGGUGAGUAGGGUCGUUCAGUAACGAUGUGUGAGAGCUGUUUUAAAGCUCUCUACUGUUUCUGCGCACGCAAUAUUGUCUUUCAGUUUAUUCCAGUCCUGCACUGCCUUAAUAAAAAAGAAUGUCUGUAUUGAUCUGAGUUGGCGUUAUUUACUUUGAAACAGUUUGAGUGGUUAAAGCAGAAUUUUUCAACGAUGUUUGAGCUGAUGCUGUCACUUAUAAUUGUAGGACGUAUACGUCUUUUAUUAAGUACUGUUGUUAAAUAACUGGUCUUGUUGAUUGCCGGCACCAUACCCCUGAUGAUUUUAUAGAUAAAAAUUAGUCUUGCCUGCUGUCUUCUUUCCUGCAAGCUGUCCAGGUUGAGUCUUUGUAACAUGUCAGUAACACACCCAUCUUCUCUGGAGUGAUAGUCUUUUAAAAUGAACCUUACUGCGUGGCGUUGAAUUUUCUCCAGGGAGUUGAUAUCCUUAACAUAGUAUGGAUCCCAGGUAAUUGACCCAUACUCAAGUGUAGACCGGAAAAGUGAAAUAUAUGCAAGUUUCCUACAGUCUUGAGCACAAUUCCUAAGGUUCCGUUUUAAAAAUCCCAACGUUGAAUUUGCUUUUUUACAAAUAUUGGUGAUAUGUGUUUACCAUGUAAGAUCCUUUGAUAUAGUUAAUCCAAGGUAGGGAUUUAAGUCCACUUGUUGUAAGAUGGUUUUAUCUAGCUCGUAGAAGAAAUUUGACUUCUGGCAGACACUUAAAAUAUAACACUUCUUGGCAUUACAUUUCAUGCCCCAUAAGUUUGCCCAUUUUUCUAGUGCGUGUAGAUCAUUCUGUAGAAGAAGAUGGUCAUUAUGUGAACGGAUGGGUCUGUAUAAUAAACAGUCAUCAGCAGACAGGCGUACUGUAGAUUUAACGGAAUCUGGAAGGUCGUUUUUGUGACAUAACUAAUUUUUGGACAUUUGUGACAUUUCUGGGACUUGUUAAAGAAUACUCAUUUCGCUAUAUACAUCGUUGUUCAUAUUAUGAUGUCAAAUGAUUAUCCAAUGUUAGAUAUAUACGUUCAUGUAUAAAUAUAAAAAGAAUGACUUCA